AUGACAAAACGUUUGAUAAUAUCUGAAGUUUUGGAAAAUCUGAACGAUAUAGCAAUGGAAUUCUCUGAUGUUGAAGAUGAUGAACUCUAUGACAGUGAUCAAGAAAAUGAAAAUGAAGUAUGCGGUACCCAAGAAGAAAUUUUUGAGAGUGAAAAUAGAGACAAUGAGCUUUUGGACGAAGAAAAUAUUCAGGACUCCUCAGAAAGUGACAGUGAAUUUGAAAAUAGUUUGAAUUCUCGUAAAAGAAGAUGUAUGCAAGUGCGUUCUAGUUCUGAAGAUGAAAGUGAAAGUAUACGACAAGAUAAUCAAAAUGAAAUUUCUGCGGACGGAACUUGUUGGGAAAAAAUGCAAGAAGGGUCUUGUCCGAAAAGAUUAGCACUUCAUAAUAUCUUCAAAGACGUAUCCGGUCCAACAGGAUAUGCAUAA